AUGUCUAUAUUCAAACUACCAAAUGAACUUGUUCUACGAGUAUUAAAGUAUCUUAAUAAUGAGGAAGUAGACAAACUAAUCAAAAGUUAUAAAACGAUUCCCUCGGCGUCUCCAAUUAUGCUUCUACUAUAUGAAAGACUAUUUGGUGGAACUUUACUUAUUGUAAAUGGAGAGCCGAGAGUACCUUUUAAACAUGAUUAUGAACUUACCGUAGACUCAUUUGAGGACAAAAUGAUGGACUCAGAAGAGUAUGAAAACAAGCUUUUCCAAAAAAUUCGACCAAACAUUAUUGAGUUUAGAUUCACCAGGCAUCAUAGUGAUUAUAGAAGAUAUAUUAGCGACUUGAGUAGUUUGCUUCACUUGAUUGACUCGCCUAAUCAACGUAUACAAGAGUACUUUGAAAGAAGCUUCCGAAUCAAUAUUCAUAUUGAUUCACAUUUGGUAUUCAUGGAAAAUCCCGAUUCGUUAAAGUCUAUCAUAAUUCGACUACUCCUAGGAUUGAGUAAGCAUAGUCUCGCAGGUAAAAUAAGGAAUUUAACUGUAAAGGCAAGUGAGAUUGGGAGUGUUUAUGUUGCGCAAUGGUCACAGUUGUUCAAAUAUUUUACAGCUUUAGAAUUUCUAGAUCUACUGGGAAAUCUACUACGAAGUAACUACGAGGAAUAUUUAGAUGUUUGGGGAAUGCUGAAGAAAUUUCCAGAUACAUUAACCAUGCUAAGUUUUAAAAACAAUAUGUUGACGUACAUCUCAAAGGAUUUUUUUAUGAAUUUACCAAAGAGUUUGAAAUACUUGGACAUGAAUGAAAACGAUAUCGAAAUUAUUGAACCAUGCGAUUUGGGCGAUUAUGUGCCAAAGUUACAAAUUUUGUCUUUGAACUAUACAAAAUUGUGUGUUUUGAGUCCCAAGCUGCCUCCGCUUUUACAACAAGUAAGAUUCAACACGUUUACUAGUUCUACAAAGAGAACCGGAACUACAAAGGCGAAAACGUAUCGGUCUUCAGAGGACGAUUCCACGAAAAAGUCGAAAACGUAUCGGUCUUCAGAGGACGAUUCCACCUCUACAAACACGAAAAAGGCGAGUCUUUUUAAAGAUGUUAUCAAACUUUUGAGAUUAGCAAAGCCAGAGACAAAAUUAUUGAUAUUUGCUAUAGUAUGUUUGGCAGUCACGUCUGCUACUUCCAUGUCCCUUCCCUUAAUUAUAGGAAGAAUAAUUGAUACUGCGAACCCAUUGAAAGUGAGUGGUGAUGAUGACGGUGCUAAAGAAGAAGUAGAGAAAGUAGAGGAGGAUGAAGAAAGAACAAAGAGGCUCUUUUUUGGACUAAGUCAAACCCAGUUUUUUUCAGCAUUGGGAGUUUUAUUUACAGUUGGUAGUUUUGCUAAUUUCGGUAGGAUAUAUUUACUACGAACUGUUGGAGAGAGGUUAGUAGCAAGGCUAAGAUCGAGAUUGUUUUCCAAAAUUCUUGCACAAGAUGCGUACUUUUUUGAUGUUGGUCCCUCAAAAACUGGUAUGAAGACUGGUGAUUUGAUUUCAAGGAUAGCUAAUGAUACGCAGGUUAUUUCCAAGAGUUUAAGUAUGAAUAUCAGUGAUGGUAUGAGGAGCAUUAUUAGUGGAGUUGUCGGUUUGAGCAUGAUGUGUUUUGUUUCUUGGAAAUUGACCUUGUGCAUGAGUUUGAUGUUUCCUCCUUUGAUUUUGAUGUCCUUUUUUUACGGUAGAAAGAUUAAGGCUUUGUCAAAGUUGAUUCAAGAGAAUAUUGGAGCAUUGACCAAAGCGACAGAGGAAAGAUUGAAUGGGGUCAAGGUUAUCCAAUCAUUUGCUCAACAGCGAGGAAUGGUACAUGGGUAUAAUAAAGAGAUAAAAGAGAUAUUCAACAGCUCCAUGAGGGAAGGUAAAUUGUCGGGUAUUUAUUAUUCUACUAACGGGUUUAUUGGUAAUGUUACUAUGAUUGGGUUGCUAUUUAUUGGAACCAAAUUAAUAGGAAUGGGAGAGAUGUCAAUUGGAGAUUUAUCCAGUUUCAUGAUGUAUGCUAUUUAUACGGGAAGUUCUGUAUUUGGAUUGGGAAAUUUCUAUACUGAAUUAAUGAAAGGUAUUGGAGCUGCAGAACGGAUUUUUGAUUUGGUUGAUUAUAGACCAAAAAUUCCCAAUAAUUUGGGUCGCAAAUACAAAUUGCACGGGGACAUUACUUUCAAGGAUGUUAAUUUUUCGUAUCCUUCAAGGCCCGAUGUGAUAUUUGAUAAUUUGAAUUUACAUAUUAGAGAGGGAGAAAAUAUAUGUAUAGUUGGGCCUUCGGGUAGUGGAAAGUCAACAAUUGGUGAAAUACUUUUGAGAUUUUACGAUGUCAAUUCUGGAAGUGUUUCGAUUGGAACAAGUGGCAACAAUGUGCAGAUUAAAGAUUUGAACUUGAACAACUACCGCGACCAGCUUGGAUAUGUUCAGCAGGAGCCAUUAUUGUUCAGUGGUACAAUCAAAGAGAAUGUUGUUUUUGGAAAAGAAGAUGCCACCGAUACAGAAAUUGAAGAGGCUUUAGCAUUGAGUCAUUCUACAGCAUUUAUCCGAAACCUUCCUGAUGGAUUAGAGACAAAGAUUGGAGCAUCAAAUAAAACACUAUUGAGUGGUGGUCAAAAGCAAAGACUUUCCUUGGCAAGAACAUUAAUCAAAAAACCAAGAAUACUAAUCUUGGAUGAAGCUACAUCUGCAUUAGAUUCAAUCAGCGAGGAAGAAGUGAUGAAAAAUCUAUUAGGCUUGAAUAGAGAAUACGGGAUAACAAUAAUCUCGAUAGCUCAUAGGUUGUCUACGAUCAAGAAUAGUGAUAGAAUAAUAGUUCUUGAUCAGAAUGGGAAUAUUACAGAGGAUGGUCCAUUUAGCGAGUUGAAUAAUGACCCAAACAGCAAGUUUAAUAAAUUAUUGAUAAAAAACGAACUUGAGUAA